AUGUUCACUACUACUACUACUACUACUACUACUACUACUACUACUACUACUACUACUACUACUACUACUACUACUACUACUACUACUACUACUACUACUACUACUACUACUACUACUACUACUACUACUACUACUACUACUACUACUACUACUACUACUACUACUACUACUACUACUACUACUACUACUACUACUACUACUACUACUACUACUACUACUACUACUACUACUACUACUACUACUACUACUACUACUACUACUACUACUACUACUACUACUACUACUACUACUACUACUACUACUACUACUACUACUACUACUACUACUACUACUACUACUACUACUACUACUACUACUACUACUACUACUACUACUACUACUACUACUACUACUACUACUACUACUACUACUACUACUACUACUACUACUACUACUACUACUACUACUACUACUACUACUACUACUACUACUACUACUACUACUACUACUACUACUACUACUACUACUACUACUACUACUACUACUACUACUACUACUACUACUACUACUACUACUACUACUACUACUACUACUACUACUACUACUACUACUACUACUACUACUACUACUACUACUACUACUACUACUACUACUACUACUACUACUACUACUACUACUACUACUACUACUACUACUACUACUACUACUACUACUACUACUACUACUACUACUACUACUACUACUACUACUACUACUACUACUACUACUACUACUACUACUACUACUACUACUACUACUACUACUACUACUACUACUACUACUACUACUACUACUACUACUACUACUACUACUACUACUACUACUACUACUACUACUACUACUACUACUACUACUACUACUACUACUACUACUACUACUACUACUACUACUACUACUACUACUACUACUACUACUACUACUACUACUACUACUACUACUACUACUACUACUACUACUACUACUACUACUACUACUACUACUACUACUACUACUACUACUACUACUACUACUACUACUACUACUACUACUACUACUACUACUACUACUACUACUACUACUACUACUACUACUACUACUACUACUACUACUACUACUACUACUACUACUACUACUACUACUACUACUACUACUUCUGCUACCCUUAUUUUUAUCCAUACUACUCCUUAUUUAUGUAAACGUUUCAUUGAUUUGUUUUUACAUCAUAUGAUUUAG